AGCGCCUUUGCCUGAGCGGUCGGCGCGCCGAGUCACCAGUUCGCCCGUCGCCCUCGCCCCGAAGCCACGUGCGUUCUGCCUCUCUCUCUCUCUCCGCUCGCUCUCGUCUCGCCAGCGCUCGCAACAUGCCAUCGCCCGGCCGCCACCUGGCCGCUACCCUCACGCUGGCCGCCGCCUUCCUGCUCACGGCCGCUGCCCUUGCCACCUCAGGUCCCGCUCAGGAAGAUCCCGAGUUCACAGACAUCAUCGAGAACAUCACGGUACCAGCGGGCAGGAACGUGAAGCUGUCGUGUUCCGUCAAGAACCUCGGCACCUACAAGGUUGCGUGGAUGCACUUUGAGCAGUCAGCCAUCCUCACGGUGCACAACCACGUCAUCACGCGCAACCCGCGCAUCUCGGUGUCGCACGACAAGCACCGAACGUGGUUUCUGCACAUCAACAACGUUCAGGAGGAAGACAAGGGCAGGUACAUGUGUCAGAUAAACACCGUGCAGGCCAAGACGCAGUUUGGAUACCUCCACGUGGUCGUUCCUCCUAAUAUUGAUGACGCGCUCAGCAGUACCGACGUGAUCGUCCGUGAAGGAGCCAAUGUGACUUUGACUUGCAUCGCCACCGGCUCGCCGUCGCCCAGCGUCCGGUGGAAAAGAGACGACGGAAACAAAAUAAAUAUCAACAAGUCCAACUCAGUGGUCGAGUACGAGGGCGAAGUGUUGGAGCUGACUCGAAUUAGCCGGCUGGACAUGGGCGCCUACCUGUGCAUCGCGUCGAACGGAGUGCCGCCCACGGUCAGCAAAAGGAUCAAAGUCAGCGUCGAUUUCCCACCGAUGCUGUGGAUUCCGCACCAACUGGUGGGCGCGCCGAUUGGUUCGAGCGUGACGCUGGAGUGCUUCACGGAGGCGCACCCGACCUCGCUGAACUACUGGACGCGCGAGGACGGCAACAUGAUCCAUGAGAGUGCCAAGUACCACUCAGAGAACACUGUGGGUCCGCCGGCCUACAAGACGCACAUGCGGCUCACCAUCCACAAGAUCAGCGAGCGCGACCAGGGCACGUACAAGUGCGUGGCCAAGAAUCCGCGCGGCGAAACAGAUGGCAACAUCCGCUUGUACACAUCUUCACCACCUUCUACAAUCCCACCAACAACAACCACUCAAGUAGUUACUAAAAGGCUACCAGAUCCUGUUGAGACCAAGAAUAAAGGGUCCAAGUAUCAGCCGCCGAGUAUUAAUGAAAUCAACAACUUUGACCAGAAGUCCAACUCCCAUGAGGCGGGCAAAGGCAAAAAGCAGGACUGGCUCCAGAGCGAUAACACAUCGGCGUCCGUUCCGCUGACUGCCGGGCUGGCACUGCUGCUGAUCUGCCUUAUGACAGUCAAUCUGACGUUCCACCAGAACGCCAACCUCUACCUGACGAGCAGCUAGACUGAAGGGGUGCAGGUCCAGCGGCUGGCAGAUGCGCGUCGGCGGCUCCUCGUAACUGUAACACACCCACCAGACUGACUCUCUCAUCUCAAGAUGCGCGUGAAAUGCACGAACUGUGAGAAACAACCAGUAAUAUGUUAAACGAACUCAAAGUCUAAUAUAUACCUACGUCAAUGUUGAACGAGCAAGAAAUUCGGUGAACAAAAGUAAUUUGCUGCGGUUAUGUUUUUAUCCAUCACCUCGCACUUUCUACGAAGGAAAAGAAUCAACACACACUCACUCGCUGCACUUAGCUCUUUAUCGCUCUCUGUAUAGCCUCUUCUCUUGUUCUCACACAAGUGCGUGUAAUUGUAAGGGGCAGCCCUUUUAGUUUGAAAAGAUUUCGAAAAGCCUCUUAGUUUGAAAAAACCUGUAACCUUCCAAAUACGAUUUUAAAUUCUCAUAUUCCUUUAAAAUGAUAUUCAGUUUCUGUUUGAAAUCCUCAAACCUGGACUUAAAUAAAAGAGCUGCCCAUUGUAAAUGUACUCGCCUUUUCCGUUCUAAACUCUUUCAUAUUAUAUAUUUAUCUAAUGCACUGCUGGGAAUUUUUGGGAAGGUUACCAUUUCAUCACUAUAUCUCUCUGCAAUACACACGUGCGUGCGUAAUUAUUUAAACGAUGUACGCGUUGAUUGUUGCAUAAUACUGUAAAGCAUGAUAAAUUGUGAAUGUGCCACAGGAAAUUUUGCGUGGGUCUGCCCCCUGGUUACAUGGAGCUUUAAACACGCAUGAGUGUUUGCGUUUGUGCAUUUCGCGGGUUCCUUUUCAACGAUUCAGGUAAAUGCAUGUAGCCCUCUCAAAUUUCAGAACGCGACUGAAGACGGAAAAUUUGCUAAAACUUGACUUUCCUUUCCCUAUACACAUUGUAUACAUCAAGUGCUCAAGUUUUUCUAACAUUGUCUCUCUGAAAAAAAAAUCUUACUCUGGUUCAAUUUCAACUUCUCUCUCAAAAUGCGAUCUCUAAUUUGUGGUGUUUGUUUAACUCUCUCGGAAGAAUCGAAAAUGUGUAAUUAAAAAAAGAAAACUUGAUCAACAUCGGUGGAUUUUCUGCAAGAUAUAUGAGCUCAAUUAUUAAAGUGUGUGCGUGUGAUGGCUUGAGAAGCGAAACCCCUGAAAAGAGACCCAGUGUAUCCGUAGUUGCUCAACUGUUCCAAUUAUUCCAUGAUUUCUCCUCCUCUUGAUUGUUCGCCGAGCCGCGAAUUUACGAACUAUCGAGCCUCCAGCAAGAAGCUCGGCAAGCAGUGAAAUGUAAAAGAUAUAUUUUUGCAAUUAAUUACACCGCUUGGUUCGUCAAAAACCCUCGGCAUGACGUCCGUAGACACACGUUAUUUUCCUCUCUCACUGUACUCGUAUAAAAGCGUCGUUUUAAUUACGUAGCAUACAUACAGUUCUGCCCCACGUCCUGCUUGCAAAAGGUGAUUCCCUUUUUUAGUACGUGCUGUAAAAUAAAAUCACCAUGAUUUGAUGCAGGGUAUUAACAAACACAUUGUAAAAUUACAAGUAUUAAUUAACCAAGCAAAUGGAAGCAUUACUAAAAUAAAAAGUACCUUGUGAAUUAAAAUAAAAAUCUAGCGUUGUGUGUACGACUGUUGAAUAGAUGAAAAUCGUGAGCAAAAUUGCCUGUGUGAUGUCGGUUAAGGACUAUAACCGUUACGUUGUUUCAUUACACAAUUGUAAAUUAACGUGUAUAGAUGAAAAUAUAUUUUGUCCGAAAAACUAUUUCGAGAUUGCGUAAUUGCUCCAUUAAAUUCAUUCUAAUAUGCGUUAAUUGCCAUUUUCAAA